GUAAAACGAGAAUGUGCAUGGAGGAUCCUGGCACGAUGUGGAGUAGUUGAAGUUGAUGAAGAGAUUAUUGGCUAUAGAACAUUCACAUUUAAACUCGUAGCUCGUCAAUCAAAGUGUAGAUAGGUCUCUCUAUUAGCGCCUGGGGCAGGUCAGACUCACUGACUGAUGGAAACAGAGAAGAGGAAAAAGGGGGAAAUCUCUUCGCUCAAGCAGAAGCGCCAUGCACUGGCGGGGCAACAUUUAAACGCCUCUUUUUCGGGUAAAAAAAAAAUGUAGUAGAAAAUGUAGUUUAUUGUCGAGCGGUGGACCAUGUAGAAAGUGUUUGCGGUUGCGUGUAGUAUGAUAUUGAAUCCGAUAUGUCUAAUGUGACGCCGAGCAAAAGCGUGGAAUGGCUGCAACUCGAGUUAGAGUCCGGGGGCAGUUCUCUGCUUCUGCUGGACUGCCGUUCUCAUGAGCUUUAUGAAUCAUCCCACAUAGAGACCGCCAUAAACCUGGCCAUACCGGGAUUGAUGCUCCGGAGGCUCAAAAAGGGUAGCAUGCCUAUUCGGACUAUCAUCCCCAACCAUGAGGAUAAAGAGAAGUUCAUAAGACGGUGUAAGACAGACACGGUGGUCCUGUAUGAUGAAUGCACAGUGGACUGGCAGGACAGCGGAGCGCCGGCGACAGUGUUGGGUCUGCUUCUUCAGAAACUCUGGGAAGACGGCUGUAAAGCGUGUUACCUGGAAGGUGGAUUUGUAAAGUUCCACACAGAGUACCCAGAACACUGUGAGACGCUCCUCGACAGCUCCUGUCCGAGCUCUUCUCCUCCGCUGUCCGUUCUGGGUUUUGGAAAUCUCCGGAUCAGCUCUGAUUGUUCCGAUGGGGAAUCCGAUCGAGAGCCAAGCAGUGCCACAGAGUCUGAGGAGAGCCCCAUCCCCAGCAAUCAGCCCGCCUUCCCUGUCCAGAUCCUGCCCUACCUUUACCUGGGCUGCGCCAAAGACUCCACUAACCUAGACGUGCUGGGCCAAUACAACAUCAAGUACAUCCUGAAUGUCACGCCCAAUCUCCCCAACAUGUUUGAACACGAUGGUCACUUCAGGUACAAACAGAUCCCCAUUUCGGACCACUGGAGUCAGAACCUGUCCCAGUUCUUCCCAGAGGCCAUAUCAUUUAUAGAUGAGGCUCGGUCUAAGCAAUGCGGCAUCCUGGUCCACUGUCUGGCAGGCAUCAGUCGCUCAGUCACGGUCACUGUGGCCUACCUGAUGCAAAAACUCAACCUCUCUCUAAACGAUGCAUAUGACUUUGUCAAGAGGAAGAAGUCCAACAUUUCCCCAAAUUUCAACUUCAUGGGUCAGCUCCUGGACUUUGAGAGGACGCUUGGGCUGCACAGCCCCUGUGAUAACCGUUCCACCAACGAGGAGCAGCUCUUUUUCACCACGCCAACCAAUCACAACGUCUUCCAGCUGGACACACUGGAGUCGACAUAAUGAUCGACACGUGGACAGCUUUUUUUUCUUGUUUCCUGUGGUGUCUGAGGUCUUCUGAGUCUCCACUGUCCAAUGCCUUAAUAUCUAACACAAGGAUGACUUUUGCGAUCCACCGUACAUGGCGUUAAUGAAUGAUCAUGUACAGCCAUAAUAGCAGGACAUUUCAUAACUUUUCUAUUAAAUCUUGGAUUGUUGUUUGACUGUUAUUUGUUAUUCACCAGCUGUAAAGUGGAUGUUUAUGUAUUUCUUCGUAGCAGUUGUAAUUAUUGCCUUUAUGGUCUAAAAGGAGUCUUUGGCCAAUCAGAAUGUUUUCUGGGGACCAAUCCGAGAUGUUUUGAUGGUACUCUAGCCGAGGGAAAUAAGCUACUACAGUAAUCCGGCCUUGAAUUAUUGUCCAGUUUUGUUUUUUUGAUGACUGUUUGCAGCAGAAUGGAGUGACCACAGAAAGCAAAUGUGCUCAUGCUUUAAGCCAGAAUAUCUACUCCAAUGUCUGCUUCACAAUGUUAUAAAGUUAUUCUUAAAGUAAAAGAUCAAGUGGCCACUUCCAAAGUUAAAACAUAUUUCUCUUCUGAAACGCUCCUGUACAUUCUAUUGCUUAUAACUGCAUUAUUUGCAUGUGAUCAUGUUCUACCAAGGACGUUGUUUUAUAACGUUUGGGUCAUAUGGCUUGUUGUUGUCACGGUCUUGACCGUACCUUAACAUGAAACUGAACUGUCAGUUACCAGGUCGAGGUAUCGUGUAAAUCACUGGUCUUUGCCACGAUUGAAAGGAACAAAUGUGUAAGUAAUCAGUGUAUAAAGGAAUGGAUUUCCACUUUUUUUCUUUGUGCUCUGACAGUCUUCAGCCUGCAGCUACUCCUACCGUGGCACAAUAAUGUUAAGGGAAACAUGAUGUGUAAUUAGCUGUUCUCUAUUGCCAGUCUCGUCUCAGAACAAAAUGAGUGAGUUUGAUGUAUGAGAGGGAAUGAAAGGAAAUGAGUUUGACUAAUGUGUUCUUACCUCACAGAGAGACAUUUUCAGGGAUUUUUGUACAAGGCAUCUGUAUCUCAUCAUGGCCUCUUAAAGUGCAUCCAAGGGCUGUUUUGUUUUGGUAUGUUUGUAAAGAUGUACAUAAAAUGUGGUUGCUAUGGGGGACAUUUUCUCAACAAUCAUGAAGGAUGUGAAAGUGACCCUAUCUUGACCCUUAUAUAUAGUAUAUGUAAAACUAAAUGUCCAAGACAUUCUGUACAAGUUUAUACAACAAAUAUA